AUGUUCAUUUUGCAGACUUACAACAAAGCCAAUGUUCUUGUGAAGGUGCAAUACAGAAGUAACAGAAAAUAUAUCAAACUCCCAGAGGCCUGCUUCAAUGAAUUAAUCACAGAAGGUAUUCUUGAUGGCAAACCGGUGGGUGCAUCAAUACUGAAAGAGUAUGAAGAGAAUGGAUCACUCACAGAUAGUUCAAGAAGGCAGGUGGUGAAUAUUCUUGCUGCACACAUGACAAAAAUUGAAGGGAGAAUGCCUCGCAGACAGACAAAAGAGAAGUAUGCCCUGGGAAUCAUCACAUUGUUCCCCUCCUUGAAGGACCCUCUCUCAAAGAAGGGAUAUGUAAGCUUAUACUGUUCUGAAGGACAGCAGUUUCAUGUAAUGAACAAAAAUACUUUUGCCAUGCUGUUUGGACCUGACACUGCUGCAAGACUUCUGGAGAAAUGGAGCACAUGCUUCAAAGAGAGAGUCAUCAAGGAGGCUGGGACCUUAACGCUAACAUCAUUCUUACAGAGGCUGAUUGUAUCUGCAGAAAACAAAGUGUCUGGCUUGGAUAACAGUCCAGGUAUAAAACUUGGUUUUAAAGGCAUUAAGGUCUGUUUUUUUGUGGUAUUAGAGCUGGGAACUUUUUUUUUGUUGAGCAUCUUCACACAUUUAAUGUUAUUAUUAUUUAUUUCUUGGCAGAUGCCCUUAUCCUGGGCGACUUACAAUUGUUACAAGCUAUCACAUUAUUUUUAUAUACAAUUACCCAUUUAUACAGUUGGGUUUUUACUGGAGCAAUCUAGGUAAAGUACCUUGCUCAAGGGUACAGCAGCAGUGUCCCCCACCUAGGAUUGAACCCACGACCAUCCGGUCAAGAGUCCAGAGCCCUAACCAGUACUCCACACUGCUGCCUAAUGUUGUGGAAAAUGAGGAGAAAUAGGUGUCAGUGGCCAAA